AUGCCUAUGCGUCAACACUCCCGAACUGCUGAGAGGUACCUCCCACAUUGUAGGUGGGCUGAUCCAUCCCUGUUGCCACACCACCAACAUCCUCACCAACAGCGUGCUGAGCACCGUCAUCCUCAGCGGAUGCUGCUCCCUCCGGGUGAAGGACCCCCCGACGGAAGCCAUUAUCCAGAUCAGGUGCAGGAGCCAGGGAGCGGUGGUGCUGACAAACGCCAUAAUAGUCAGGAGGUUGCCCAGUUGUUGCCAAUAGAUUUCGAUCGUUCGUUUAACAGUGAGGGUAAAGACUCGGUCGGGAGUGCCUCCAAUGAUAGUCGCGGACAUUAUUCUGCAAGUGAUGAUGAAUACGACGACGACGAUUACCUGGAGUGCAAUGAAGGCCGCGAAAGCGGAGAGAAAAUGGUAGGUGGUGCCGAUGAUGGUAAUGGGUGGGGUGAUGCGAAUGAUGCGGCAGAGGUUGGUCUCCGCCGGCCAGUAGUUGCUACGGACUUUUUGGGAAAAGAGUUUGCAACGGAGGAUGAUGCUUAUGCUGCCUACAAGGAAUUCGCUAAGUCAAGGGGUUUCGGAGUUCGGAAGGGAGACAUAGCUCGUGUGAAUGGGGUGUUGAUUAGGAGAGACUUUUUUUGCCAUCGACAAGGCACAAGACAUGCUAAGCACUACGACCGUCCUGAGCGAGUAAGGGAGGAGAGGCUGGAGAGUCGCACGGACUGUAAGGCAAAGUUGAAGAUUUACUAUGAUAUGCAGCAUAGUGUGUGGAGGGUCAGGACCAUCGUGGACGAACACAACCACGAGCUUGCCCCGGCAGUGUUCGCACGUCUCAUUCGUAGUCAUCGGAAGAUGAGUGACGGUGACAAGGCGCAGGUGGAUAGUUUGAAGCAGUUUGGGAUCGCCACGUCGAAAAUAAUGGCUUACAUGGCGGGGCAAUCUGGUGGGUAUGGCAUGCUCAGAUUCACAAAACGGGAUCUCUAUAAUUAUGUUCAUGGGCAAAGGGUUGCACGAAUAUGCGACGGCGACGCCGCCGCGACUAUCAGCUACUUGGAGGGUAAGGCAAAUGCUGACAUGAGGACCGUGGCCCGUUACACACGGACCUCGGACAAUCGUUUAGGAAGCCUAAUUUGGGCCGACGGUGAGAUGAUCACGGAUUAUCAUCUAUUUGGUGACGUGUUGGCCUUUGAUUCGACGUACCGAUCUAACAAGUACAAGAAACCACUGGUGGUUUUUUCUGGGUCAAAUCACCACAAACAGACAUCAAUAUUUGGAUUCGUAUUGCUGAAGGAUGAAGAGGUCCGCACCUAUAGGUGGGUCUUGCUGAACCUGCUCGAUGUUAUGGGGCAAAAAAAUCCUUGUGUAGUGGUGACCGACGGGGACAAGGCGAUGCGCACUGCAAUUGCGGAGGUGAUGCCGACGGCGACACAUAGACUAUGUGGUUGGCACUUGGAGAAGAAUUGCGUCCAGAGGGUGAAAGAUCCUGAAUUUCGCAAGGUGUUUAGGAAAGCAAUUUAUGCUAACUUUGAAAUCAGCGAGUUUGAGGAGUACUGGAAGGCAUCUGUCGAGUCACUUGGCCUAGAGGACAACAGUUGGGUUAAGUCCACGUAUGAAUCUAGUGAAAGUUGGGCAAUGGCGUACCUUAGGGGAACAUUUUGCGCAGGAUACAGGACGACCUCAAGAUGUGAAGGGAUAAAUGCUUUUGUUAAGGGCUUCCUUAAAUCAACUGAUAGCAUUCUGGAGCUUGUGCAUAGUUUGGAUCGUGUUGUAAAGGACUAUCGGAAUAAUGAAGUAAUUGCCCAAUUCCACUCCACCUACUAUAGUUCGGUGCUGACCACCGGCCUUGAUUCGAUCGAGCGGUUUGCAUCGAAGGUGUAUACAAGAGCAGUAUUCAGAGAAGUGAAGAAACAAAUUAAGGCUGUGGCAACGCUAUUGUUUCGGGCCAAGGACAGCAUCAGCACAACAACUGUGUACACAUUCUCGCGAAUGGGAAAACCUAAUAGAACACACAAGGUAUUGGUUGACCCGAACGAGGGAAAAAUAGAGUGUGAGUGUUCGAUGUGGAACAGUGAAGGGAUUCCCUGCAGUCAUAUCUUUUGUGCGAUGAAGUACGAGGGUUUCGAAGAAAUACCACCCGGUCUUGUUUUGAGAAGAUGGAGCAAGGAUGCAAAGGAUUGUAGAUUGACCGCUGCGGAUAGUAAAGAUGGUUCUGAAGGCCGUUUGCUUCGAUAUGGUGCUCUAUGUGGGGCAAUGAGUUUAGUUGCACAGCUUGGGUCGGAAGAUGCUGCAGAGUUUGUUGUGGCUAGGGAUGGAAUUGCUAGUCUCACCAAAACGCUUCAGCAGAGAUUCGUUGACAAGGUUGGCAGCAAACUUGGUCUAUCGCCGGUGUCAGGAAUCGAAGACCCCGUCGUAUCGAAGACAAAAGGGGCACCGAGGAAGGGAAAGGAGUGUGUACCGAUUAGCCAGGGAGAGAGGACGCCGAAGAGACGACGUUGUACCAACUGUGGGGAAGCCAGUCACACCAAGAGGACUUGCACGUGGCAUCCGGGAGAGGGGGUUGCAGGCAAUGAUGAUGCAGGCGGUCCAAGUUACAUGGAGCAUGAUUCGCAAGAUGCUGCUGCCCCUUGCGCAACACCAGAGGCACGUCAUUGUCACACAAACGAGGUAAGUAAGCGGUUUCCAUUUAGAUUCGAAAAUCAUAGGGUGAUGUUGUUUGGUUAA